GCCGCGCCGGGCUCAGAGCGCGCUGCGCCGCCGGCAGAGGCAGAGGCGCACGGCGAGGGCGCACGGCGGCCGGGGCGCACGGAGUUGCUCGCCCUCGCCGGGGUCGGAGGGGAGCCGGGCGGGCCGGGGCCAUGGCCCCUCCGCGGGAGCCGGGCGGCGGCUUGGGGGCCGUGGGGGUCCGGCUGCUGCUGGGGCUGCUCGUGUGGGCGGCUCGGGGCGCGCGGGGCUUCGGCGACGAGGAGGAGCGCCGCUGCGACGCCAUCCGCAUCGCCAUGUGCCAGAACCUGGGCUACAACGUCACCAAGAUGCCCAACCUGGUGGGCCACGAGCUGCAGACCGACGCCGAGCUCCAGCUCACCACCUUCACGCCGCUCAUCCAGUACGGCUGCUCCAGCCAGCUGCAGUUCUUCCUUUGUUCAGUCUACUUCCCGAUGUGCACCGAGAAGAUCAACAUCCCCAUCGGUCCCUGUGGCGGCAUGUGCCUCUCGGUCAAACGGCGAUGCGAGCCGGUCCUGAAAGAAUUCGGCUUCUCUUGGCCCGAAAGCUUGAACUGUAGCAAGUUCCCCCCGCAGAACGACCACAACCACAUGUGCAUGGAAGGCCCGGGGGACGAAGAGGUGCCCCUCCACAGCAAAUCCCCUUUGCACCCGGGAGAAGAGUGCCACACUGUGGGAUCUAAUUCCGACCAGUACAUCUGGGUCAAAAGAAGCUUGAACUGCGUCCUCAAGUGCGGCUACGACGCCGGCCUUUACAGCCGGUCGGCCAAGGAGUUCACCGACAUCUGGAUGGCCGUGUGGGCCAGCCUCUGCUUCGUGUCCACCGCCUUCACGGUCUUGACCUUCCUGAUCGAUUCCUCUCGGUUUUCCUACCCCGAGCGCCCCAUCAUCUUCCUGAGCAUGUGUUACAAUAUUUAUAGCAUUGCUUACAUUGUCCGGCUGACUGUGGGCCGGGAGAGGAUUUCCUGUGAUUUUGAAGAGGCGGCAGAGCCUGUUCUUAUCCAAGAGGGCCUCAAGAACACAGGAUGUGCUAUAAUUUUCUUGCUGAUGUACUUUUUUGGCAUGGCGAGCUCCAUCUGGUGGGUGAUCCUGACACUGACGUGGUUCCUGGCGGCGGGACUCAAGUGGGGCCACGAGGCCAUCGAGAUGCACAGCUCCUAUUUCCACAUCGCCGCCUGGGCGAUCCCGGCGGUGAAGACCAUUGUCAUCUUGAUCAUGCGGUUGGUCGACGCGGACGAGCUGACCGGGCUGUGCUAUGUCGGCAGUCAGAACCUCGACGCGCUCACGGGCUUUGUGGUGGCCCCCCUGUUCACCUACCUGGUGAUCGGGACGCUCUUCAUAGCCGCCGGCUUGGUGGCCUUAUUUAAAAUCCGCUCCAACCUCCAAAAGGACGGGACGAAAACGGACAAGCUCGAGAGGCUGAUGGUGAAAAUCGGGGUCUUUUCGGUGCUCUACACCGUCCCGGCCACCUGUGUCAUCGCUUGUUACUUUUACGAGAUCUCCAACUGGACUAUCUUCCGCUACUCGGCGGACGACUCCAACACGGCGGUGGAGAUGCUCAAAAUCUUCAUGUCUCUUCUGGUGGGCAUCACGUCGGGCAUGUGGAUCUGGUCGGCCAAGACUCUGCACACCUGGCAAAAGUGCUCAAACAGGCUGGUGAACUCGGGGAGGGUAAAAAGGGGGGAGAAACGAGCCGACGGUUGGGCAAAACCCGGUAAAGGGAAUGAGACUGUGGUAUAAACUGUACAUCGCUAGCAGCGAUGAUAUCAGUUCCCCUUCCGCCCGAGAAGUCUCAGCUGCGUGUAACCAACAGGAAUGUUGUAAUGGUUUACAUGCUGGGGUGGGGACGGGAACUGCGUACAACGUCUGUGUUCUUACACAAUUUUGUGUGUGUCUGGCAAGACAGGUGGGGACAGAAGAAGAGGCCUUAAGAAGUUAGCAAUAAGCCCUCAAGUGCCGCAAAGGGGAGAACACCACUUCUCCUGCGAAAGAAACGCAAGAGCCCUCGGUGGCUUUGAAAAGCUGUGAAAAGAAAUUAUAUAUCAGGCCCUGCCAGACUGCGGGCCGAAAGCCGUGUCCUCGCGUCUUUCGGAGCCAUGGGACUGUGACCUGUAUAACACACCAUGUGCCUUCUCUCUCCUUCCCCACCCAAGGUCAUAUUUUUAGCUGUGCCUUAUAGCAAGGAAAGAAUCCUGAGGGCAAAUCUGUCCGUAGGCCGAGGGGCCCGUUCUUGUGAGCAGCUAAGGCGGCUGACUUCAGGACCCUUGGCGAAGGGAGAGGCGAGGAUCCCGUUACAGCUCUGAGUCACCUUGCCAGGGUCAGACCUUCCUGCAUUUAGUCUGUAUUUAGGUUCACUUUCUGGUGUCUGUCCCUGUGUCACCACCAUAAGGCAAAGUGAGGGAAGGGCCAAGGAGUGGGUCACCUCUGAAGUUAAAUAUAGAAGUCCUUGCCACCAAAGCUGGAUUUAUCCCAAGGAAGACAAACUGCUUUCUGUUUGCAGCAGGGGGGGACCUCUUUACAGAGGCAUUGCGAGGGAAGGAACCCGUGUCCCCCUUGACCCUGUAACAGGAGCUGUUUGCUCAAUAUCUAUGCCGUAAUGCACUCCCUGCUAGCUGUGAGCCUCACAGGUAUCCCUUAACAGGAAGUUAACCUGUUGUGUAGAGGAAGUUGUCCUCAAUGACACUGGCCUGAUCAGGCCUCCUCAAGCCAGAGCUAACUGAACUAUUCUGGCUAAAAAACACUACCAGUAAAAGUGAACAAGCGUACGGCUGAGUUACAGCUUAAGGUGGCAAGGACCAGUGUAGAAACAGGCCUAGUUUUGCUGUUCAGGAAACCAUUGCUUUAAGAUCGCAUUUAAAGCCACUCAAAACGGAAACAGCCUCGGUUGUACCAUUUGAAAUUGUGAGACUGCAUACUCCAUUCUUCUCUGUUUUUUUUUUUAAAAAAAGACCUCCCUGCCUGUAGAAAGCAAGCAUAUCAGGAAAUGUUCAGCUUGCAUCUUCAGGUGCUGAUUUUCUAAAUCUGGGGGUUUUCUUUCCUGUAUUCAAGGGUGCACAACACACAAUUCCCCCCCUCCCCAAUAUCCGAUGUGGUACAGCCUCAUUAGGACUGUCCCUUGUGAUCAUUCUGAAUAUACUUUUCUGACUCAUUUAAGCAAGUGGCUUGCUCAUCAUAGAUUUCCAGUAGGGUUUCACUAGAACUGGGAAACUCACGUGCCUUACUGCCGUUUUCAGUGGGGCUUUGGGCUAGUAUUUCCUGGUUGAGGGCAUCUGUCAUUCUGUCACCCGAAGAGGAGGCAAAAUGUAAACGAUAACUCAGCCAUAACUUGGCAGCCGGAUUCCAAAUUUUUCCUUCCCAGCCCCAAAUAUUUGGCUCCCCGCCCCCGGCUUUGGCAUGUGCCAUUUGCGAUUUUCCAGACUCCUCCCAGUGACGAGGACAUUCUCUCCAGCCUCAAUAAUGUCAAAAAAAAAGCCCAACUCUAUUUUUAUAGCCCUCCUGCCAUCUGCAGCAUGUGGCUAAUGAGGAAAAGCGAACACGGAGGGUCAUUUUCCGACAAUUGGCUUAUUCAGAGCUUGCUUACUCCUUGCCCCCCACACCGGCCUCCCCCCUUGCCCUCCGAGUAAACCUAUCUGGCCUUCCCCGGAGACCCAUUGCAUUAAGCAAUUAAGGCUUAAUAUAUUUCACUCUGCCCUGAUUGCAUCUAUCUCGACGCCAGUCUGGGCAAACCGAAAUCUUCAGUACCCUGGCAGCUCUGCGUUCUCACAGAUCAGUUGCAUAAUUUGUGUGUCAAUUUCAAUUAAAAAGACGUUCUCCAGCCCUGGAAUACUGGUACAGCUGACUCCCGCCGAAGCAGGAGGGCCUACAUUGGCAGAAGAAUGUGGGAAUAUUUUUCUUCGUCUCCAGCUAAAAAGGGAGGCAUUCCCUUCCCCUCUUAAGGAUCCGCAAACGUAAUGACUGCAAGAUAUUGUGAUUUUAAACCUAACAGUCGCGGUUUGGAGUUGCAUGAGCUUGCAACGAUCAGGGAGGGUUGGUGGCAGAGGUAACCUUUAGCAAGCGGAGAGUUAGCAUAAGUAGCUUUAGAUGCACAUAAGGGAACAGAAAAGACCCUGAAUAUCCCACUUUAGCUGAAGCUCACCUGAACUGGGCUGCUAAGCAUAGCCACCGGCAAUAUUUGGAUGGCUAAGGAAAUGUUGCUAUGCAGAAGUAGGCAAACCACCUCUAUUUAUCUCUGGCCUGGAAGAUCCUGUGGGUGGCGCCACCAUGAGUCAGCUGCAGCUCAAUGGCACAUUACUUUUUAAAAUAACAGCAUUUUAAUGGGACCUAUAUGCAUGUCUACUUGCUUUCGGGCUUUUUCGCCCAUAUGCCUUAAUAGCAUGCCUUAUGUACUGCAUGUGGGGCUUGAUUUCCGGGGCACAAGAGCAUGUUCCUGUACAGGCUUUUGUGACAUGCUUGCAAACUCCCACCCCUGUGCAACCCCCCUCGGAGCCCGCCCCCGGGUCUCACAGUCUGUAGAUGAAGGAGUGUUUUCGGUCCAUGCUUGCACCUCUAGCUGCUUUGUCCUGUUUGGCUUGUGUGUUACUGAGUUCUCAAACCUGGAGGUGAAGAGUGACCUGUAUCUCCCAAGCGUCCCCGAAGAAUGUGGUCUGGUUUUCACCUGCGAUAGCAGCAAGGGGGCUUCCCUUUGCAUAAGCAUAAGCAUUUUAUUGUCAUUGUGCACGCGCAACGAAAUUUACAGCAGCAUUCCUCGAUGCUCACAAUUUCAGACUCUUACCCCAUCCUCACUUUCCCCUUC